AUGGAAAAGAGAGCGGCAGAUUCGGCUGUUGAAUCGACCACAGAAGAGUCGCAAUGCAUUGAAGUUUCGCAGCCGUGGUGGAAGCGUCUCGCCUCUUAUGGAGUAGAGACUCGUGGCGUUCAGCCCGUCCCUCUCGAAGACAGAAACGACACACGACCGUUCAACAUCUUCUCCUUCUGGUGGACCGCAAGUUUGACCCCUCUGGCCAUUACGACGGGUCUUGUCGGAACCUUGUUCCAGGGGCUAAGUUUGCAAGCCGCAUCGUUGACAAUCCUCUUCUUCACUCUCUUCGCGGCUAUCCCGCCAUCGGCUCUGGGAACACUUGGUCCACAGACUGGAAUGCGACAAAUCGUGCAAGCUCGUUACAGUUUUGGACUCUACGCAAUCUUCAUUGUUGCCUUGUUUAACUUGGCGACAACAGUUGGCUGGUCCAUUGUGAGCGUCAUCAUUGCUGGGCAAACCCUCUCUGCAGUCAGCGGCGGUGGCCUAAGCUGGGACCUCGGAAUUGUCGUCAUCUCUAUUGCUUCGCUCCUGAUUGCUUUCCUGGGUUAUCGAGUUGUCCAUACAUAUGAGCGCUGGGCGUGGAUUCCUGCUCUCAUUGCUAUCCUCAUCACCGUGGGAUGUGGCGGUCACCUUCUUAAACACCAAGCUGCUGCUGAGCCAGUCACCGCGGGCCGCGUCUUGACAUUUGGCUGUGUUGUUAUAUCCUUUACCGUCACUUGGGCCACCAUGGUAUCGGACUUCUGUGUUUACGUUCACCCAAGUGUUCCGAAGAUGCGUAUCUUCCUAUACACCUACGGCGGUCUUGUUCUUCCUACGAUUCCGCUCAUGUGCCUAGGUGCAGCUAUUGGCGGCGCAACACCUAGCAUUGAGUCUUGGAUGGCAGCCUUCGAACAAGGUUCAACUGGUGGUGUGAUGCUUGAGAUGCUUAGGCCCGCCGGAGGCUUCGGCAAAUUCGUCGCCGUGGUUAUUGCUUUCUCCCUUCUUGGCAACAUUGCUGGAACAAUGUAUGCCAUCACCAUGCAGUUUCAAAUGCUUCUCCCAAUUUUCAGCAAGAUCCCAAGAUAUAUCUUCUCUGUCAUUACCACUGCAAUCGUCAUUGGAGCAGCUAUUCCGAUUAGCGCCUCUUUAGAAGAGUCUUUGGAGAAUUUCUUGGGCGUCAUAUCGUAUUGGGGCGCUGUCUUCGUCGGCAUCGUAUCUACAGAGCAUCUUUACUUCCGAAAAAGUGCAUCCAGCUACGAUCCCGCCAUCUGGAAUAUUGGAGACAAGCUGCCAGUUGGUGCGGCUGCAGUUGCAUCAGUCAUCAUUCCCUUCGGCUUGAUUGUGCCUUGCAUGUCGGAAACAUGGUAUACUGGUCCUAUUGCGCGUACGACUGGUGACAUCGGCUUUGAAGUUGGCAUUGUACUAUGUGUUCUUUGCUACAUACCUUUGAGGACACUAGAGCAUCGUCUUACAGGGCGAUAG